AAAGAUUUAUGACAUGAAGUAAACACAUGAAUUUUGUUUUCGAUCCAAUGGAAUUUAUAAUCCAAAUAAUUCUAGAUAAAUUUGUUUCAUUAGAGAUUCUUGAAGUUUAGUUUGGUAAAUACUAAUCUUUGUUCCAGUAAGAUUAAUCAUGAAAUAUUUUUAUUUAUUGUGUUUAACUAUAAGCAUAUGUGGAGUAACUUUUGGUUUAUCAAGUGAAGAAUCAGUAGAUGAGAGAGUACAAUUGAUGAAAGACUACUUCAAAAACAGAGUACAAAUACAGAAUGUUAGAAAAAAAUUUGAAAGUAUAUGCCCAAAUUAUGGGCAUAAAUUUGAGCUAGCAUUGUUGAAAGUACAAACUUGUGAAGGAUUAAUAGACAAAAAUGAGGAAGAAACCGUUUGUUCUGGUAUCAAGAACCAUUUAGAAGAAUGUACUCAACCAAUUGUUGCAGUAUUGGAAGACUGUUUACCAGAAAAAUCCAAAGAAUUACCAAGAUUUACAGUCAAAACCGCCGUAGAACUAUCAAACUAUAUCUGUAAAUCUGAUGGAGAACAUAUAUUUGAAUUAUCCAAUCCUUGUAUAAUGGAUCAGAAUUUCCGUUUGAAUAGAUGUAUUCUGAAAACUCGUUCAAGAUUACAACAAUAUGUCAACUCAACGCCAUCAAAAUCUGAAAUUUGCGAAUUCAUAAAAUCCAUGCGACAAUGCUUCAAGAGACAUGUAGAUUUGUCGUGUAACAACGUUAUAACUAGAGACUCGUUUAUUGGUCUUUUUGAUGCUGUAAUCAAACAGUGUGAUACUAAAUUAGAAGACAGUGUAAAUGAAGUAGACGUUGAUUAAAUACUAAGUACAAUGUGGUGCCUACAAAUAUGCUUAUUUUGAAAUUCCAGGAAAUGAGAAGUACCGCAUUAGUUUACUUGAUUAUAUGACCAAGAUUGUGUACAAUAUAAGAAGCAUGUUUUGAAAUAAAAAGAAUUUUUUAAUAA